UCCUGAGCGUGGACAUUUUGUUAUUCACGAUUAAGCGUUGCAUUAAAGUUAUUAUAGAUCCUUUGUAAAGCUUUAAGACAGAACUUUGCCUUUGACGCACCAGUAACCAGCAGUCUUUCGUUUUGAAAACUAGCCUAAAUAGCGGACAAAUCGACGGUCCAUCAAUUAACAGCCUAACUAAGUGAUUUAAAAUAUAUCGGAUGUAUAUUUCUCUGUGAAUUUAAACUGUAGUUGUUGCCUAGAAGCGUCAAAAAUUUAACACGAAAGGCUGAAAGGGGUUAACUUUGUAAAACGUGUCCAAAGUGUUUAAACUGUUUAGUAGUAGAGUGUGGCCGCAAAAGGUGGAUAUGGAUAACUUGACUUCCGGUUCCGGGUCAACGGGGCCAGAGCCCCUCGAAGAAAACUUGGACCAGUUCUUCCUAAUUAUCAUGGGAAUGUGCAUAUUGUUUAUGCAAUGUGGAUUCGCCUUUCUAGAAGCAGGAGCGGUUAGAAGCAAAAACGUCACGAACAUCCUCAUCAAAAACGUCUUUGACUCAUUUGUAUCUGGAGUGGCAUACUGGAUUUUCGGCUACGCGUUCGCGUUCGGCAAGGGGAACCAGUUCAUUGGCUACACUCAUUUCGCCUCCCACGAGCUACCGGAUACGGAAUACGCCACAUUUUUCUUCCAGUAUACGUUCGCCGCCACCGCAGCAACCAUCGUUUCCGGUGCCGUCGCUGAGCGCUGCGAGUUUUUGGCCUACUUUAUUUAUAGUUUCUUUAUAACAGGUUUCAUCUACCCGGUUGUCACACACUGGCUAUGGGGUGGUGGUUUCCUGUUCACCGGCGUGGACUACGAGGGGGACAUUGGCGUCAUUGGCUACCAGGAUUUUGCCGGAAGUGGUAUCGUGCACGUGCUUGGCGGUACGUCCGCGUUCGUGGGUGCAGCGCUGUUGGGGCCGCGGAUCGGGCGCUUCCACCGACAGACAAAAACUGUGAUGCAGCUGCGCGGUCACUCAGUUCCGAUUGCUGCGCUGGGUGGUUUUAUCCUGUUCUUUGGUUUCCUGGCGUUUAACGGCGGCUCGCAGUUGGCAAUCAGUAAUGAAGGGGACGGAGCAGCCGUCAGUCUCGCCGUGGUGAACACUAUCAUAUCAGCUUCGUUUGCAGCCUUUUCUUCGCUUGUCAUUAACCGGUCGCCGCUGUUUGGCAACAAAUCAUGGAGUCUCCUCAUUACCAUUAACGGCGCACUCACUGGCAUGGUGGCGGCGUGUGCCGGAUGUAACGUCUACUAUCCGUGGGGCGCCUGUAUCCUAGGCGUUAUUUCUGGUAUCGCCUUCCACUUGUGGUCGUGGAUCGUCCGGAAGUUAGGGGUCGACGACCCACUGGACGCUGUAGCAGUACAUUACGGCGGCGGCUCAUGGGGUGUGAUCGCGCUGGCCUUCCUGCACAAGGAGCAGGGUAUCCUCAUGAACUGGGACCAGCGAUCUGGACUGGUAUUUGCGUGGCAGCUAGCGGGUCUGGCGGUAAUCACGGCAUGGGCGGGCUUGAUGUCGCUGCUGAUGUUCGGAACACUUCGGCUUUUCAAAGCGUUACGGGUACCCGAGGACAUCGAAGUCAGGGGUCUUGACAUUCCUAAACACAACGAGCCGGCGUACCCGGUAGAGGCGUACGGACACGGACAUAUUGAGAAGAUCCUACAGAUGCUGGACAAGGCCGGACCGGUCAAGGUCACGCAGGCAUUCGAAAGACUUAACAGUGGCGAUGGUCAGACCAACUUUGGCUACGCAGACGUUGCUGACGGUGGCUGCUAUGAAAGCCCCGAGGUUCGGCACGCCCUCGCGCAUAUGGCGACAAACGGCACUAGUGGCACCGAGAACUCCAAUACAGUGCGUCCAGCACACGCGGAAGUGAAGAUGUAACUGCCGCUAGGGAUGGCGGAUGACAAAAACCUUCGACCGUGUAUAUUAUUUAAUAAACUGUUGUGUUCGUAACGAUUAAUUUUGUAUUGUUAAACCGUGCUUAUCAAAAACAGUUUGUGAUUGUAACUUUGAAUGUUGUUGUUGAUUUUUUUUUAAAUUAGAGAUUAUAGUAACAUAUUGCUAGUAAUUAGAAUCUCAUGCCAAAAUCCCUUCAAAUGUACCUUAUAAUUAUAAAAUGUAUUGAAAUAAAUAAUUAAACAUAUGAAAUUGG